GCAAAUCUGUUGCUCAAAAUAAAAUUUAAAGUGGAGGUUAGUGUAUAAAGCCUUAUAAUUGAGUUGAUAGACCGGUUGUGCAUUUAAUCUCCCAAAUGCCUUGAGAGUAUUGAUCGACACUUGUCUAAAUUCUGAACCUUGAACAUGCCGGAAACCGGCGAAAUCAAGUCACCGGCAGCUAAACCCGACCCUGAAACUACUUCUCCGCCACAACCACAACCACAACCACAACCACAACCACAAACACCAUCGCAGCCACCGCCGCAGCAACCUCAAACGGAAGUUUUAACACUAAAGCGUCCCCAGCAACUGGAAUCGUCCCCAAAUCCAACCACCCCUUCCGCCACCGAUCCCAAAGACGCCACUCCCACCACUAUCUCCUCCCGCCUUACUGAACCUGAAUUCGUCUAUAUUCCCAGCUAUUCCCGUUGUUUUUCAUGGAAUAGCAUUCAUGAAAGUGAGGUUCGCUUUCUUCCUGAAUUCUUCGACGGAAGGUCACCUUCUAAGAACCCUAAGACAUACAAAUACUAUAGGAAUACUAUUAUUCGUAGAUUCAGAGAUAACCCCACUAAAAAGAUAACCUUUACUGAGGCUCGCAAGACUAUUGUUGGAGAUGUGGGCUCAAUUCGUAGGGUUUUCGAUUUCUUGGAGACAUGGGGUUUGAUUAAUUACACUGCUAACUCUUCCAAGUCUCUGAUCAAGUGGGAAGAAAAAGAGUCAAAGUCAACAUCUGCCUCAGCUACGCAAAAUGCCGACGCUAAUGGAACUUCCACUGAUUUUACUGUCCCCAAGAAAAGACUCUGCAAUGUCUGCAAAACAGUUUGCAGGAUUGCCUGUUUCGCUUCUGAUAAGUAUGAUUUGACUCUUUGUGCAAGAUGCUAUGUUAGUGGUGAUAAUAGAGUCGGUGUGAAAAAUUCAGAGUUUCGGCGAGUUGAGAUUAGUGAAGAGGUCAAGACAGAUUGGACCGACAAAGAGACUUUGCACCUUUUAGAAGCUCUUCUGCAUUAUGGCGAUGAUUGGAAGAAGGUUGCUGAGCAUGUUGGUGGCAGAAGCACGAAGGAAUGUGUGGCUAGAUUUGUAAAGCUUCCUUUCGGUGAGCAGUUUAUGGGCCCUCUUGAAUCUGCAGAAGUGGAUAGUGAACCCAGGUCUGAAACUAUGUUUCUUCAGUCCAAGAGAAUGCGCCUCACACCCCUUGCUGAUGCAAGCAACCCAAUUAUAGCCCAGGCUGCUUUCCUCUCAGCUCUUGCAGGAAAAGAGGUUGCAGAAUUAGCAGCACAUGCCGCUGUUACAGCUUUGUCUGAGAUUGGUGAGGGAAUAACCACAGUGAGUCCAGGAUCUCUAAUCUGUGGUGCGGAGAGGCAAGAAUCAGAUGGCUCUUCCAAUGGGUAUUGCAAGGAUAAACUCGAAAGAUCUCUUGUUGAAGUAAUGCCUCAAUUUGAGGAGGCGGCAGUGGACCUGGAGAGAGCCGUCUCUGAUGUGGCAAUUGAGACGAAGGAGAUUGAGGACAAAAUUGCUCAUUUUGAGGAACAUGAUUUACAGAUGGAAAAGGAGUGGCAACAGCUGAUGCAGCUUAAGAACCUGAUCUUCAUUGAUCAACUUACUUUACUACUAAAUAAAGCUGGUGCUCCAAAAGCUGGAGAAACCAUUGGGGAGGAGGUGAUAGAUGUUAAGGCAGAAUGACAAAUCCCCUUGGCAUAAUCUGGUCUCUUAGUUGCACAUCAAUCUAGUGGGACUUAGUUAUUUGUCAUAUAUUAGGCAGUAGCAAAUUCAGUAGAAUGAAUUUAUUUGGCUGCUAAGCCCUGUCCAUCCCCACUCUCCUCCCCCCUCUAUAUUUCCUGAUUACAUGUUGUAUUCCCCUCUGACAGAACUUGUAAUUUUUAUUUUUAUUGUGUUUAGUGGAAACCGUUCAUGCAAUACCUUUAUAGAGGAUAUUGUUUUUGCACUUGUUA